CCCCAGCCCUGCCCCAGCCCCAGCGCUCGCUGCUGACAGCAGUAACUGCGGGAGGAGGCGGCACGGGGCUGGGAGCCGCUGGACCGGCCGGGUCGGUGCUGAGGAAGCGGUGUCACUGAGAGCUGGCUGCCUCCCAGAGAGCGGGGCCGCCAGAAGUUCCCUUCCUUGUCUUGGCGCACAGCCUGUCACAGCCGGAGGUUUCCUUUCCCGCUGCUCCGCAAAGUUACCCCUUCUGCGAAGGGGCUGUUUCACUCCGUAGGCAGUAUUAAGGAAGAUGUGUAUAGUGAGGAACCGCGCGUGUGGAGGAGCGACUUCCCACUGCAGCGCUUGGUGCGAAGGAAACUUUUAAUUUUGAGCUUCAAGAAACCUGAUUGCUUCUUGGAUUACUUUCCUACCUUGGUCUGGAAGAUAACUUGAGGAAAAUGGAAACAGAUGAGGCUCAAGAUAUGUCCCAGGUUUCAGGAAAGGAAAGUCCUCCGAUUAGCGAUGUCCCAGAUGACGCAGAUGAACCUAUGCCUGUACCAGAGGACCUUUCUACUACUACUGGAGGACAGCAGAGUGUUAAGAAUGAGAGAGUCUUGGCCGGUAAUAUUAAAAUAGAGACUCAGAGUGAUGAAGAGAAUGGGCGUGCCUGUGAAAUGAAUGGGGAAGAAUGUGCGGAGGAUUUACGAAUGCUUGAUACCUCUGGAGACAAAAUGAAUGGCUCACACAAUGGCCCAGGCAGCAAGGCUAUGUCAGGAGUUGGAGGCAUUCGACUUCCUAACGGAAAGCUAAAAUGUGAUAUCUGUGGGAUAAUUUGCAUCGGUCCCAAUGUGCUCAUGGUUCACAAACGAAGCCACACUGGAGAACGCCCUUUCCAGUGCAAUCAGUGCGGAGCCUCCUUUACGCAGAAGGGCAACCUCCUGCGCCACAUCAAGUUGCACUCGGGUGAAAAGCCCUUCAAAUGCCACCUCUGUAACUACGCCUGUCGGCGCAGGGAUGCCCUCACAGGCCACCUGCGGACUCACUCGGUUGGCAAACCCCAUAAGUGUGGAUACUGUGGUCGCAGCUAUAAGCAGCGCAGCUCUUUGGAAGAACAUAAAGAACGCUGUCAUAACUACCUGCAAACCAUGAGUAUCUCAAGCAACCUUUAUUCAGUCAUAAAAGAGGAAACUAACCAGAGUGAAAUGGCUGAAGACCUGUGCAAGAUAGGGUCAGAAAGAUCCCUCGUGCUGGAUAGACUAGCAAGUAACGUCGCCAAACGUAAGAGCUCUAUGCCUCAGAAAUUUGUUGGUGAGAAGUGUCUAUCUGAUAUUCCAUAUGAUGCCACCACCAACUAUGAGAAGGAGAAUGAGAUAAUGCAGACCCAUGUCAUAGACCAGGCCAUUAACAAUGCCAUCAGUUACCUGGGGGCAGAGUCCUUGCGUCCCCUUGUCCAGACUCCACCGGUUGGUUCUGAAGUGGUGCCCGUCAUCAACCCCAUGUAUCAGCUCCACAAACCUCUCGGGGACAAUCAGACUCGCUCCAACCAUACAGCUCAGGACAGCGCAGUGGAAAACUUGUUGCUGCUCUCCAAAGCUAAAUCAGUCUCCUCUGAACGGGAUGCCUCUCCCAGCAACAGCUGCCAAGACUCAACAGAUACGGAGAGCAAUAAUGAGGAACGCAGUGGUUUAAUUUACUUAACAAACCACAUAGGUCCCCAUGCAAGAAAUGGCAUAUCUAUAAAAGAAGAAAGCAGGCAGUAUGAUGUCUUAAGGGCAGGUACUGACAAUUCCCAAGAUGCUUUCAAAGUGAUCAGCAGCAAUGGGGAGCAAGUGAGAGUUUACAAGUGCGAACACUGUCGAGUCCUUUUCUUGGAUCAUGUGAUGUAUACAAUCCACAUGGGCUGCCAUGGGUUCCGCGACCCUUUUGAAUGCAACAUGUGUGGCUACCACAGCCAGGACAGGUAUGAAUUUUCUUCCCACAUAACUCGAGGAGAGCACCGUUUCCACAUGAGUUAAAACUCCUCGGGCACAGCUCCAGUCUCAACAACUACAUUACUGCAGCUGCACAAGCAACAACAGCAACAAAGCACAAGACUAGUGGACAGUAAAAGUAGAAGAAAAUCAAAAAUUCAGAUAUAUUCUCCCACAAGGAAAGAUUUUUCUUUUGGUAGCAUGUGUUGCAACUCAGUUUUCUAAAGUGAAUAUUAAAGUUUUUACUGAAAGCAUUUGAUCACAAAAACCUUUAGUAAUGUACGUAGGAGCUUUUGUAGUCAGAUAGCUGAAAGUCCUUUCCUUAACUGAUGCUUCUUGCAACCCUCCCUUGCCAAAAUCGCUACCCAUGCACAGAAUGCACAACAUGGAUGUGAACACGAGACAGGAAUGACCUAGCUUUCUCUCUUAGCACCCUGAGCACAGGGUUCGUACACCAGAUGCAUUUUUUUAACUUCCUGGUUUUAUUUGACUCAUACAGAAAGAUUAAACUCAACUAAAGAUUGAGGGGCCCAACCAUCCCAGUUGACUUUGCAGACAGCUGGGGUGGGACUGGAACCCAACCAGAGGGUCCAGGGUUACUUUGGCAGUAAAAAGUAGAACAUUUCCACCUGCAAGGGUGCUAUUGGAAUUGACAUCGUGGCAUGCCUUGUUUGUGUCACUAGGCACGCGAGCAGGUAUGUGGAAGAUAUAAGAAGCACCCUUGUAAUAUACUCUGUGAAGUAUUAAUUGCAUUUACUGUAUAGAAAAGAAUAUUGAUGGCUCUUCCUUAAACAUGUUUUCUCUCCCUAUUCAAUAGAACCCUACUUACUGUUAAGAAACUCCUCCUCUCUCUGCAGAAACAAGUUACAAUGUAUUUAAUUUUUCUUUCUUGAGUUUUAGUUAUUUAGAAAAGUAUAAUGUACAGUUGAGAAAAGCACUAGCUAGAAAUACAUGUGGAGAAAAUUCUCCUUAUGCACAUUUCUCAUUUUUUUAUACUGUCUGGAAAAUACCCAAAUAUCCCUAUAUUUUACCUUUGAGAAAUUCCCAUUCUGCUUCCACAGAUGACGUCUUGCAGAUUUUGUGGCUCUAUUUGUGUUGUACUUAAUUAUUUGUAAAACACCGAGCUGAAUUAAACCAGCUAGUCAACAUUUGUAGCCUCCUUCCUUUUUCCUGGUAUUUGCUAUUUAAGGACGGACCAAUCCCUCAGUGGUAGCCUCUUUGCAAAGGUGCUAAGUACCUUGGCUUCUUGAUCAGCAAGGCUUUCAGAACGCACUUGGAGCUAAUGAUAGGGUUAAAAAAGGCCUGGUGUUUUGCUGAAUAGAGAGCAGAGAAUGCAGUACUUUGCAGAGUCCAGGAAAUUCACCACAGCUUUCUCCAUGCUGGAUUCUGCUGCAGAUACUGUAACUGCAGUUAGAAUAAAAACUCCUCCAAGAAAAACUUUCUAACCCCAAACACAGCUGAUACGAGAAAGUACUUUAAAAAACUGAAGUUCCUCUUCCAAAUAGUUCAUUCCUCUCCCUAAACACUCUCGUAAUAUGAAAUUGAUCUGAAAUGAAAAUUUUACAGCUGCACAAAAAAAACUCCAAUUGGUGCUGCAAUAUUUUCUGGGCAUCAUUCAUAAAAACAACCUACCCAAUUAACUGAAUGUUUAAAUCCUUUCAUUCCUUAUAAUAAAUGUAUAUUCUCCACUUGAAAAAAAA